UGUAAACACUAAACAGCUACACACAUCGAAGUAAUUCACGUGUGAAAGUCUAUCGAUGUGCAAGGUUUUUUGCUGUGACUUACCGUAGAUAAUUUUCUAAUCGUUCCGAAGUAAUCUUUUCUUUCGAUUAAAUUUCACCAUGACUCGCCAUCCUUUGACGUUUCAAGUUUUAGCGCAGUGCAAAACUACUAAAGCAAAAUGCUCUCGAAUGACGUUACCUCACCACGUUGUUGAAACACCGGUUUUUAUGCCAGUUGGAACACAGGGCUCGUUAAAAGGUAUAGUACCUGAGCAAUUGGAGCAACUUGAUUGUCAAAUCAUGCUUGGAAAUACAUAUCAUUUAGGGAACAGACCGGGCCCUGAUCUGUUGGAGAGUUGUGGUGGGCUGCAUAACUUUAUGGGCUGGUCUAGAAAUCUGUUAACUGAUUCUGGUGGAUUUCAGAUGGUCUCAUUACUAGAGCUAGCUGAGAUCACAGAGGAGGGAGUGAAAUUUAAAUCUCCUUAUGAUGGAAGUGAGUGUUUGUUAACGCCCGAGAGAUCCAUAGAGAUUCAAAAUGCUAUUGGUGCAGACAUCAUCAUGCAAUUGGAUGAUGUAGUAAGUUCAACAGUAUCAGGACCUCGAGUUGAAGAAGCAAUGCACAGAACCACGAGGUGGUUAGAUCGCUGUUUGAAAGCCCAUAAGCGGCCUGAAGCUCAAAAUCUUUUUCCUAUAGUUCAAGGGGGCUUAGAUCCGAAAUUGCGAACUGAAAGUGCGAAGCAAUUGAUGGAUAGAGAUGUUGCAGGUUUUGCUAUUGGUGGUUUAAGUGGAGGCGAAGGAAAGGACCAAUUCUGGAGAAUGGUUCAUUUAUCUACGGAUCUUCUCCCAAACGACAAACCAAGAUAUCUAAUGGGCGUUGGGUUUGCUACUGAUCUCGUUGUUUGUUGCGCCUUAGGUUGUGACAUGUUUGAUUGUGUUUUUCCAACACGAACAGCUAGAUUCGGGUGUGCACUGGUUGAAACCGGACAAUUGAAUUUGAAGUUAAAGUCUUUCGCGCAAGAUUUUCGCCCUAUAGAUGAAAACUGUGAGUGCUCCACUUGCCGACGUUAUACAAGAGCGUACCUUCACACCAUUGCAACGGUAGAGACUGUAGCUUGCAAUCUUAUUACCGUCCACAACGUUGCGUAUCAGCUAAAGUUGAUGCGUAAUAUCCGUGAGAAUAUUUUGAAAGGGACUUUUGUCGACUUUAUCUUUAAUUUCAUGGAUACCAUGUACCCAAAAAAGGAUUUUCCUGUUUGGGCCACGGAUGCUCUAAGAGUUGUCAAUAUUGAUUUGUACGAGCGUGGCAGUAUGCACAAGCAUCAGCAGGUUGAUUGUUAAAAAAUGUAUUUUUAACUUGAAAAAUAACAAGGGCGCUGGAUCUGCGCAAAAUAAUUUGGAUGUUGCAAUUGUCACAUUACAUUGGAAAAAUGGCAAUGAGA